GGUGCGCGCGCACCUCUCUAGUUCUCAUCGCGCGCCUGCACGACCACACGUGACGUCAGACAGCAGCAUGGCGGCCAAGGUGCAGUUAACCAAAAGGGCCGACCCUAAUGAGCUGAAGGUCAUCUUUCAAAAGUAUGCCAGUGUGGUGGAUAAGGAUGGAGAGCGGUACAUGACACCCAGUGAUUUCGUGCAGAAGUAUUUGGGCCUCCACACACAGCUCCACUAUAACCCUAAAACUGUGCAGCUUCUCGCCGGUGUGGCAGAUACUACAAAAGAUGGGCUGAUCUCAUUUCAGGAGUUUCUGGCCUUUGAGUCAGUGCUGUGUGUGCCUGAUGCCCUCUUCAUCGUGGCCUUCCAGCUGUUUGACAAGACAGGAACUGGAUGUGUGUCCUUCGAGAACGUGCGUGAUAUCUUCAGCCAGACCACAGUACACCACCACAUCCCCUUCAACUGGAACUGCGAGUUCAUCCACUUGCAUUUCGGCAAUGACAGAAAAAAAAGUCUCAGCGACAGGAGCUACCAGUGCAGAAGAAAUAUCCUGUGUGUGUGUGUGUUUAUAGCCACUGGUGCCACAGCUGUGUACCCCAUAGACCUGGUCAAGACCCGUAUGCAGAACCAGCGCUCUACCGGCUCCUUCGUAGGAGAGCUCAUGUACAAGAACAGCUUUGACUGCGCCAAGAAAGUCCUGCGAUACGAGGGCGUCUUCGGUUUUUAUAGAGGUCUUCUACCCCAGCUAAUCGGAGUGGCUCCAGAAAAAGCCAUCAAGCUCACUGUGAAUGACUUUAUGAGAGACAAAUUUACCACAAAAGAAGAUACAAUACCUCUGGCUGCUGAGAUUCUCGCUGGUGGAUGUGCCGGUGGGUCACAGGUUAUCUUCACCAAUCCUCUGGAAAUUGUUAAGAUUCGUCUGCAGGUCGCCGGUGAGAUCACUACUGGCCCCAGAGUGAGCGCGCUCAGUGUGGUCCGAGACCUUGGCUUCUUUGGCCUCUACAAGGGUGCGAAGGCUUGUUUCCUGCGUGAUAUCCCCUUCUCUGCCAUCUAUUUCCCCGUUUAUGCCCAUACGAAGGCAAGUAUGGCAGAUGAGGAUGGAAGGGUGGGGCCUCUGCAGCUGCUGACCGCUGGAGCCAUCGCAGGUAUCCCGGCUGCUUCGCUUGUCACCCCUGCUGAUGUCAUCAAAACACGACUACAGGUGGCUGCCCGCGCCGGUCAGACGACUUACUCUGGAGUGAUCGACUGCUUCAGGAAGAUCUUAAACGAGGAAGGUUUCCGAGCUCUGUGGAAGGGAGCUGGAGCUCGUGUGUUCCGUUCGUCCCCUCAGUUCGGUGUGACUCUGGUGACCUACGAGCUCCUGCAGCGAUGGUUCUACGUUGACUUUGGAGGACACCGCCCUGCUGGUUCUGAACCAACGCCCAAAUCCCGGAUCUCUGAGCUUCCUCCUGUCAGUUCUGAGCACGUCGGCGGUUACCAUCUGGCAGCCGCCACCUUCGCCGGCGUGGAGAACAAGUUCGGACUGCACCUGCCCAAGUUCAAAUCCUCCGGGGUCACGGCCAUUCACUCCGAAACGCCCAAGGAACAAGAUGGCGCUUCGUAAAGUCAUGCCCCGCCCACCACAGCCUUGUCCUCCAGUGGCUGCAUGCCUCCCUCCCGCAGUACAUUUGCCUACAUUUCACACACUUUUUUUUUUUAGGUGGGGGACAUGGGAAAUUAUACUAAUUUUCAGAGUCUGGUUGCUUUAACCCAUAUCAGUGCCUCAGUUUUGAUGAAGAACACUGGUUAAAGCUCAGUGUUAGUGUGUUUUCUGAAGCACAGGGUAGAUGUCUGCCACACCGAUCGAGACCUAAAGCAACACUUACAGGGAAAUACCUAACAAGGGCUCUCAUCAGCCACUGAAACGAAAGCUAAAGAGCUUUUCAUGAAACACUCCUGAAAGGAAAACCAUGACACGUACUGUUGUUUUUGUGUUCCUCUGAUCCCCAAGAUGCACAUUUGCUGCUUUUGAGUUUUAAUCUCAUGAUUAUGAUGUAUUGAUGUGACCGAAGCAUGCUGUAGCGCUCUUCAUUUGCUCAAUAGGCUUUGCGUAGCUUGCACAUGUACUGUAUAUACAUGUGCAUCUCACUCACAGAGAUGUGUCUCUCUCUCUCUGUCUGCAUCACACUGACUGAUGUACAGAGGUUUCAAAACUUGACUGAUUGAUCGGAGCAAGCACGGUUGAUUUGAAAUGUAG